GCUUGCGCCGGCGGGCGCGAAGGGCUGCCCUCCUCACCCUUUCUGCACCGCUACCGGCCGUUUGGCGAACGCUGCGGUUGACUGCGCCGCUCUAGGCGCAGCUCAGCAAGCUGAAUUCAACAGUGCGAGGCGCUCUGCUUGGAGCAAUUCGGCUGCCCAUUGAACAGGCCCGGGGCAGCUGCCCGAAGCGCAUCGCUGCGCGGGGAUCGCUAUCGCCCCGACCGCGCAUCGCUGCGCAUUGAACGCCCCGCGGCGAGAGCGCGCGCCGCGGAGGUGUGGUAGCAGUGCCAGAGCAACACCGCCAGCCUCCCGUGCUGCGCCGCGAGGGAGCGGCGGGCCGUCGGACGGUGAGCCGCCCGGACGUCGACGAGGCCCCGAUACGCCAUCGGCGCGCGCGACAAGGAUGGACGCCUCGGGCCUCUCCGUCGCGUCGGCGGCGACGGCCGACGCCAUGGAGAGCGAUUUGGACGUGAGCGGCCACAACUUGACUGCGGCCAUCGCACCGCCGAGCGCCACCGUCCCGCCCCAGCAGACGCUCGAAGAUCUCGAGGCGAAGCGCAAGAAGCGCCUCGAGCUGAACCGCAAGGCGGCCCAGGAAUCUAGACGAAGGAAGAAGAUGAAGGUCGAGGAGCUGCAGCGAAACGUCGCGGCGCUCACGCGAGAGAACGAGCAACUCCAAGCCGAGCACGACCGCCUCACGGAAGAAUUGCGACGGGACGACCCCGAGACGAGCGGCGAGGUCGACGCCUUCCAGGCCCAGAACGCGGCGCUGCGCUUAGCGAUUUACGAGGAAAUUGAACGGCUGGUCGGCGCGAUGCCGCCUUCAGCAGCUGGAGAGUAGCGCCGACUCUUGUACAUACGCCCCUACCCCGCUGUUCUACUGCUCCGUAAGCUCGACUUAUGUCUAAUCA